UUUCUUUGUGUUCUCUCGUUUGCUGUGGUUCCUUAGAAAUUAACUGCAAUAAUAAAGUGGAUUAAGUAUAAUUUUACACAAUCACCAGUAUUUUAGUGAUCACGACAUAAACCCAAAAAAUUUGUUUGCAUAGUGAUUUUCUAAAAAAAGGAAAAAAAAAUAUUACGCCACUUUGCAUUAAACCAAACGUCUUUUUUUAACACUGAAAAGUAAAAAGUAAAUACAUAAGUUUAUUUUUAAACGAAAACACGCGCUUAGCAGCAAGAACCGAAAAGUGAAACGAAGUUUAAAGAGCAUAAACAAAAAUAAUUAUUCCCAAUAAGAAACGAGUGUGUUAAUCAUAACGUAAUAAUCGCCUUUUUCAUUUCAUUUCUGUUGAAAUUUAAUUUUGUUUGCUAAUUUUGUUUUUGUUUUUGUUGUUAAACACACAAAAACCGGCGGCAGGCAAAUCUGUAUUUUUGCCUACCGAAAGUUAAGUAAAAAAUUUAUGCUUAAAUGGAUGCAACAUCAAUAAUCACACAAGUCUCACGCGACGAUGAGCAGUUGAACGUGUGUGCAAAUGAGAAAGACGAUGUCGAACGCUUAAAACCACCAAAACGCGGCUUCUUUCAAUCCUUCCUAUGCUGCUGGCGACGUAAUCGCACGAAAACCAAUCAAAAUGGCACAUCAAUCGAUGGUUCCACAACACCGCCACCAUUACCGGACCAACAAAGGUACCUACUACCUCAGGUUAGGCACUCGGAUAUGCAUAAAAAAUGCAUGGUCAUCGAUUUGGAUGAGACAUUAGUGCACAGUAGUUUUAAGCCGAUUCCAAAUGCUGAUUUUAUUGUACCAGUGGAAAUUGAUGGCACCAUACAUCAAGUUUACGUACUCAAAAGGCCCUACGUCGAUGAGUUCCUGCGAAAAAUGGGCGAAUUGUACGAGUGUGUUUUAUUUACAGCAUCACUAGCCAAAUAUGCAGAUCCCGUUGCCGAUCUGUUAGACAAAUGGGAUGUAUUUCGUGCAAGACUGUUUAGGGAAUCGUGCGUUUAUUACAGGGGAAAUUAUAUUAAGGAUCUAAAUCGUCUUGGACGUGAUUUACAAAAAAUCGUCAUUGUCGAUAAUUCACCAGCGAGUUAUAUAUUUCAUCCAGAUAAUGCGGUUCCUGUAAAGUCAUGGUUUGAUGACACAAACGAUUCCGAAUUACUUGAACUGAUACCGCUGUUUGAGAAACUUAGCAAAGUCGAUUCUGUAUACAGCGUUCUGUGCAAUUCCAACAAUCCACUGAAUAGUGUUGCGAAAAUCAACAACACGAAUCAACAACAAAUGUCUACACCGCAGGCUCAGUUGCAACAAAGUUUGCAACACCAACAACAACAGAUGCAAAUACAAUCGACACAUCCACAGAAUCAACAGCAGUCAGUGCAACAAACGAUUACAGCAACAACGGUCAUCACACAAGCGACAACAAUAUCAGUGCCGACAUUGCUGACGACAACGCAUCAGCACCAGCACCAGCACCAGCACCAACAUCAGCAUCAGCUGCAUCAACACAACCAACAACAACAGCAACAACAAAAUCAACUGCAAACAAACCAGCAGCAGCAGCAUCAGCAGCUGGAAGGUAGUCCGCCAAAUCCGCCCGAAUUAAGUAAUAAAACGUAACAUCAGUGGGAAUUGAUGUUUAUUAAUAUUUAAUUUCUGCGUUGUUUGCUUUUAAAUAAUUUAGCGUACACACACACACACUUACGUAUGCACGUAUGUAUGUACACACA